UGUGACUGACACUGAGAUUAUUUCAUACUCGGAGUCAUAUAUUAAGAGUUAAGCUUUGUGAACUUACUUAAUAAAAUACCAGACUUUUGAGAUUUAUGAUCCUGAUAGUUUUAGCUUUCAAUCUACUUUUAUCUUCAGGAAAGUCCCGAGAAAGACUACUUGUGAGAGGAGUUUGGAGUUGAUGAUGGGCCUUCCUUUGAGAAAGUUUUUUUCUGCUUUGCACUUGACUGGAGUGUCUGCCAUUAUGGUUUGAAUCAACUUUUUGAAUGGUUUGGGAGGGUAUCGAAGUCUUCUGAUGUAUAUGCUAGUUUCUUGGACUGGAGGAUUUGAUGAACUUGGAAAUGAAGAUUUUCCAAAGGUCUUGCACGAUAGUAUCAUCAAAUACAUCAUAAGACGGGGGUACAGAAGAAUAAAACCUAAGGUUCCUCAAGAUCUUGGUAGCAGUCUUUUUGAAAUGUAUGAUGAUAUUCCAAAAGCUGUUGGUGUGUCAGAGAAAACAUACAUGAUGAUAAUCAACAGUUUUUUUGUGAAUGGUAAUGAAGCUAAAACUGUGGCAAGAGAAGUAAAUGUGACGGAAGAAUUAGUGAAGUCUGUUGUUUCUCUGCAUUUGAAAUAUAAUCUUCAUGGAACUGGCAACCAGCAACCAAAUUGUACUUCGCAUAAACCUCGAAGAAACUCUAGUCAAUCCAUCAAGCUAUCAGCCAAACAAGAAGAGUUAUUGGUGCAGUACAAACGACAGAAUACCAGGGUAACAUUGAAGGACUUGCAGACGUUUGUCAGAGAAGACCGGGAUACUUUUCCACAGAUCACCGACAUUGAUUUGUCAACUUUGUAUAAUAUUUUAAAAAAGCAUGGAAUUAACACUAGUAGAAGACAUUACGAAUUUCAUACAAAGUUAUAA